AUGGCUACCAUAUACAAUUGGUACAGAGACCUAAUGGACAAUAGGAGUGAUCCCCGAGUCAAGGACUGGCCGAUGAUGUCAUCGCCAUGGCCCACACUAGCGGCGUGUGUCUGCUACGCGUACUGUUCGCGGGUGCUGGGCCCGAGGUUCAUGGCGAAUCGGAAACCCUUCGAACUGCGCAGCGUGCUAGUCAUCUACAACCUUGCACAAACAAUAUUCAGCGCCUGGAUAUUCUACGAGUACUUGAUGAGCGGCUGGUGGGGUCAAUAUAACUUUACGUGUCAACUUGUCGACUAUUCCCGAAGUCCGAUGGCUAUGAGGAUGGCGAACACAUGCUGGUGGUACUACUUCAGCAAAUUCACGGAGUUUAUGGACACGCUUUUCUUCGUGCUGCGCAAGAAAAACGAACACGUGUCUACUCUGCAUGUCAUACACCACGGCAUCAUGCCCAUGUCGGUGUGGUUCGGACUUAAAUUUGCACCAGGUGGUCACAGCACAUUCUUCGCGCUACUGAACACGUUCGUCCAUAUCGUGAUGUACUUCUACUACAUGGUGGCUGCUAUGGGUCCCAAGUACCAGAAGUACAUUUGGUGGAAGAAGUACCUCACUGCCUUCCAGAUGGUCCAGUUCGUGAUGAUCUUCACUCACCAGCUGCAAGUAUUGUUCCGGCCGUCGUGCCAGUACCCUCGCGUCUUCGUCUACUGGAUUGCGAUGCACGGAUUCCUGUUCCUGUUCCUCUUCAGUGACUUCUACAAGGCGAGGUACACCAAGAGCGACAGGAAAACACGCAACAAUGGACUUUGUAUGACCGUCAUGGAUGACAGCAGCAGUUCGCUGAACGGCAAGAACGGGUACAAGCAGGAGGUGGAGCCCGAGGUGCCGAGCUCGUACGCGUCGUCCGGUGCGGACGCCUUCGUGCGGCGCCGGCCCGUGUCAUAG